AUGAAUGGCCACACAGAGAUUGCCGGUAUCCUUGACGGUGUGUCACUGAGCUCUUUUGAGAAUGAAGACCAGAGAGGCAAGGCCCUUCUAGCGGCAUAUGCUCUAGCAGCUCGGCUGGAGACGCCAUGGGAGACCACGGCUCGGCUCUGUAUGAGCCAGCCUGCGCUAGGAGCGGCGUUGAAGGUGUGCAAGGACCUACAACUGUUCGAAAAGUGGUACGAAGGCGGAGACAAAGCCCUAAGCUCAGAACAAUUGAGUGAUCUUGUGCCAUGCGAAGCGGCUCUGCUGGAACGUCUCCUCCGCCAUUUAGCCUCUAAUCAUAUGCUCCACGAACCAUCGAUCGGAACUUACGAACAGACACCUUUCACCAAAUCCCUCCUAGAUCCCGUGUUCGGAGAGUGGAUCAACCAUCUCUAUGACGCUACCUUGCCAACCUUCUUCAAGCUACCGGAAUACCUAGCUCAAACUAAGUACAAAGUGCCCUUGGACCCAGAAAACGGAGUGUUCCAGUACGCCAAGGGCUGGAAAGGCGACAUGUUCAAUUACUACGCAGCUCAUCCACGCGAGGGGGAAUCUUUCAAUCAUGUCAUGGGAGGCGUCAUGGCGAGACAAGCUGGUUGGCUCGAUAUAUUCCCCCACGAUCGCGUAGUGGAGACAGCCGUAGGAGAUGGACCAUUGGUCGUUGACGUGGGUGGAAACAUUGGCCACGAUAUCGAACGAUUCCGUCAGGCGCACCCUGGCACUGCCGAGCGCCUAUAUCUCCAGGAUCGGCCCGAGGUUGUGAAGUUGUCAAAGAGUCCUGACCCGGUCAAUAAGGUCGCGUACGAUUUCUUCACGCCGCAGCCCGUAAAAGGUGCGCGUGUGUACUACAUGCAUGGCGUGCUUCACGACUGGUCCGACGAGCCGGCGCGGAAGAUUCUGGCUAUGCAACGGGAUGCUCUGAAACCUGGGUACAGCACACUGCUCAUCCACGAUCAUAUUGCGCCUCGAGAGCGAGCACAUCCUCAUACCACGGCAUACGAUCUGACUAUGAUGGUGAUGGUGGCCGGAACCGAGCGGACUGAGGCGCAGUGGCAGGAGCUGUUGCAGUCGGAGGGUUACAAAGUGGUAAAAAUCUGGACUUCGCCACUAGCUGUGCAGAGCAUCAUCGAAGCGGAGUUGGCUUGA